CCUGGAGGCUGCGUGGGCGGCAGUACUCCUCAGUGGUAGUGACCUGCGGAGGGACACGUGUGCGUCUACCAAGGACGCUUACUGUGACAACGAAGAGGUGGCUGACGCAGGUACACGCAGGAAGUGACAGGCGACGCUACCGUGAGUCGCCAGUCGCAACAAUGUCCGGGAAGGCGAAGGAGACAGGUACGGCGGAGACUUCUUUAGGAGGUGGGCUGCAGGUGUCGGCCGCCGGGAGUACCUCUGGAGGGGACGGCAGCAGCCACCUCUCCCCGGAUGCAAGUUACAAUGUUUACGAGACCAGGUAUCAGAGGUCCCUGCGCAACUAUCUGACGAGGGAGACGCUGCCCAGUGAAGCCCAUUACCGCAACCUCGAGUCCGUGGUUGGAAAUCAAAGGCCCACCAUUGACGAGCUGCACCAGAACACCGUCAGCGAGAGAGAGCGCCAACAGGGAAUUGAUGCAGAAGCAGCCGCCGCCAACCCACGAGGCAAAGUUAUCAAGUUCGGAUGGCUGGAGGGAGUCUAUAUGCGAUGCCUCCUCAAUAUCUGGGGUGUCAUGCUGUUCCUCAGGGUGUCCUGGGUGGUGGGACAGUCUGGCAUCGUCCUGGCAAUCCUGACGGUGAUCCUUGGAAAUGUUGUCACUACUCUCACCACCUUGUCCAUGUCUGCCGUGGCCACCAACGGACGAAUCCAAGCUGGUGGCGUCUACUACAUGAUCUCCCGCUCCCUUGGGCCUGAGUUUGGUGGCUCCAUUGGGCUCAUGUUCACCCUGGCUAACUCCAUCGCAGCUGCCACAUACAUCAUUGGUUUCUGUGACUCCCUCAAGGAUUUGAUGUUCUACUACUUUGAUGGUGCUAAGAUUGUGGAUGGUGCAGUGAAUGACACACGUAUAGUGGGCACAAUCACUCUCAUAUGUGUGCUGGCGCUGGCCAUUGUGGGCAUGGAUUGGGUUACCAGGGUCCAAAUGGGGUUGCUGUUCCUGCUGAUCGGUUCACAGAUUGACUUUGUAGUUGGUGCCUUCAUUGGUCCCCAGAAUGAUGUGCAGAGGUCACAGGGAUUCAUUGGUCUCAGUGGGGAGGUCUUGGCCAAGAAUGUUGGUCCAGAUUAUCGAAAUUUUGAAGGCAGACCGCAGAACUUCUUCUCAGUGUUCGGUGUGUUCUUCACUGCAGUGACGGGCAUUGUGGCUGGCGCAAACCUUUCUGGAGAUCUCAAGGAUCCUGCUGAAGCCAUCCCCAAGGGAACACUGGCUGCCAUUGUCACCACCUUCUGCACCUACAUCAUCUACCCCAUCAUGAUCGGAGCGGCUGUGCUCAGGGAUGCCACAGGUGACGUAAAUGUGUAUCAGAUGUACCAGAACCACAGCAUUGAUGAGAAUCCGGCAUUCACUAAUUGUAGCACAACUGGUCAUGUUGACAAUGGAACUCAAGUGUGUCCAUUUGGCCUUCAGAACAGUUUUCAGGUGAUGGAGCUCAUGUCUGCCUGGGGACCGCUGAUCUACGCUGGCUGCUUUGCUGCCACGCUCUCCUCAGCCAUUGCCUCCUUGGUGGGUGCCCCCAGGGUGCUGCAGGCACUGGCCAAGGACAAACUCUACCCUGGCAUCUUCAUGUUCUCCAAGGGCACCGGUGCCAACAACGACCCCGUUCGUGGUUACAUCCUGGUGUUCGUCAUCUCCUUCAUCUGCAUCAUGAUCGGUGACUUGAACGUUGUCUCCACCCUGCUCAGUAACUUCUUCUUGGCGUCGUACAGCCUCAUCAACUUCUCCUGCUUCCAUGCCUCACUCAUCAAGUCCCCUGGAUGGCGGCCAAGCUUCAAGUACUACAACCUGUGGAUCAGUUGGCUCGGUGGAAUCUUGUGCCUGAUUGUGAUGUUCUUGAUUGACUGGAUCACUGCCCUAGCCACCUUCCUCAUCAUCGUUGCACUGUAUCUCUUCGUGUCCUACCGCAACCCCAACGUCAACUGGGGAUCCUCGACACAGGCACAAACUUACGUGUCGGCCCUCAAGACCACCCUGGACCUGAACACCAUUGAGGAGCAUGUCAAGAACUACCGGCCACAGAUCCUGGUGCUCACUGGUCCAGUGGGCUCUAGGCCGCCACUCAUUGACUUUGCCUACAGUAUCACCAAGAACAUUUCCCUGCUUGCCUGUGGUCAUGUCAUCCAGGGCCCCCAAACCCAGCGCCUGCGUAACUCCCUCACCCGGCAGUCCUACAACUGGCUCAUCCGUCAUAGCAUCCGUGCCUUCUAUUCGCUGGUGGAGGGAAGCAACCUGGAGGAUGGCGCCAGAAACCUCUUCCAGCUGGUGGGUCUGGGCAAGCUGCGUCCCAACACUGUGGUUCUCGGCUACAAGGCAAACUGGCGCAAGUGUGACCCAAUGGAGCUCAAGGCGUACUUCAACACCCUGCAUGAGGCUCUGGACAUGUACUUUGGUUUGGUGAUCCUGCGUGUGCCUCAAGGCUUGGACUACUCCCAGAUUAUUGAGGAUGAGGACUCUCCCAUCACUAUGAAUGGCAACGAGGGUGCCAUCACACAGACAACUGGAGAUAAGCCAGGACAGUCCACUGCCAACCAGCUCACUCAAGAUGGAACGGACAGUGAGGCGUCGAGUCCCCCAGGAUCGCCUCAGGUGGAACGGUCAACAGUAGCAACCGAUGCCAACACAGAGAACAGCAAGAAGCGCCGCACCUCGCUGGCUAACUUGUUCCGGGGUCCAGGGGGUAGCGAGCUCAGCAAGGAUGUGCUCAACAAUAUUACCAUGUUCAAAAGGAAGCAGAAGAAGGGUACCAUUGACGUGUGGUGGCUGUACGAUGAUGGUGGCCUGACGCUGUUGGUGCCCUACAUCCUCACCACUCGCUCCCAGUGGUCCGGCUGCAAACUGAGGGUGUUCGCCCUGGCCAAUCGCAAGGAUGAGCUGGACAUGGAGCAGAGGAGCAUGGCCAACCUGCUCGCCAAGUUCAGGAUAGACUACAGCGAUGUCAUUGUCAUCCCCGACGUGGCCAAGAAGGCGGCUGAGUCUUCCCGCAUGGAGUUUGACCAGCUCAUUGAAGACUUCAAGACCAAGGACGAGGUGGACAAGGAGAAUGAUGGACUCUUGAUCAGUGAGGCAGAGUUGCUGGGGCAGAGAGAGAAGACUAAUCGCCACAUCCGUCUAAGGGAGUUGCUACUUGAAAACUCCAGAGAUUCUUCCCUUGUUGUCAUGACGCUGCCGAUGCCCCGUAAGACGUCUGUGUCGGCCCCGUUGUACAUGGCCUGGCUGGAGACACUCACCCGGGACAUGCCGCCCUUCCUUCUCAUCCGUGGCAACCAAACCUCUGUUCUCACCUUCUACUCUUAAUGGACAUAAAGUGAUUUUUUUUAAUAGGAUUUUAAGGUUCAAGUGUGAAUGGAUAAUGUUGAUUGCUUUGUACAAUAACAGUGUGCAUUGUGUCUUUUACAUGCAGAAAAUUGUGUGUGUGAAUGUGUGUGUGUGUGUGUGUGUGUGUGUGUGUGUGUGUGUGUGUGAGAGUGAUUUUUUAAAGUGAACUAUUUGGGAUACGUUCAUGCAAGUUUUGAAUAUCUUUUUUUAUAAAUGCUUCAUUGAUGCAAGUAUACAAUAUUUGUCAUUGGUAGUAUUAGCACAAUUCCUAUUAAGGAAAUGAGUAGCCUUUCAUUUUGUACAUUCCAUGAGUGAUGAAUGAGAAGGAUUGUAUCAUCUCACAUUUUCUGAUUUCUUCAAAUUAUUCUCACAAAGAUUCUUACGACAAAAAUUGAGCAAUCUGAAGCACAUAUCAGACCAGAUCGAGGCACAAAAAGUAAAAUAACGACCAAUCUUAUCUUUUAAUGUGUAUGAAAGUGUAGUUGAUUUUGAAUUGCCAAUAUUGUUAAGAUUCCCUGGUGUGCCGGUGAGCAGUCAGGCCGUCAACACCUGGCGGCGUGAACCAUCAUCCCAUAGUUCAGUCUUGUUUGCAGUGGAGACAUGUGCUGAAGUGAAAGUGGAACAUGUAUUCAUACUUUUCAUAAACCUGAAACAUUCCUUGACUGAAGAGUCGUGUAGUGGCAUCAGAACUCACCACUUUGUGUUCAUGGUCACACCACUGUACAUGAAUGCAACUACUCUCUCAUAAUUGCUUGAAAAAUGGAAGGAAUAUAUGAAAAGUGUGCAUAAGUUUUCAGUAUAAUUUCUUGUACACUGAAAGAGAGUGAAUUGUCAAAUUGGAGGAAGAAUAUGAAAGAUUAGCAGCUAAUGAUCAAGUAAAUGUAUUGCAAUAAACACACAGAAGAAAAUUUUAAUUAAAGAAGGUUGUUGCUUGCCUUUACAUCUGAGGAGGAAAGAUGUGUUGGUUCUGAGGAUAUAGACUUCUUCUCCAUUGUCAUAAGUAACACCAAUGUCAUUCUAUGCUUGAACUCAGAGUGGUGUGUUAGAGUGAUGCCAAACAUGGUUAGAGUGACUCCUCAUCAUAUUUAGCUUGUGCUUGUAGUGUGAGGUCAGUGCAGGAACAUGCAUAUUUUUCUGGACUCGGUGGGAUUUACCUAGGUGGUGUUGAUCUUUAUAAUGUCCCAGCAAUGCAGAAUCUUGUAAAUAUUUCAUAUAAUUGUUAGGUAUCAUUUUAUUUCAUUGACCUUGCUAGUGUACGUAUGUAGCAUUCAACAUGUUUUAUUACAGAUUCAAUAAAUUUAGGGGUUUUACUUUAAGUUUGUAAAAAAAAUGAAAAAAAACAGGAGAAAAUGCACAAAAGUCUUGGGAAUAUCUUGAAUUUAUAUUUCUUUUUUUUUUUUUUUUUUGAAACAGAGAAUUUGUAUAACAGUGAUCAUUUGUGGUUAGUCUAUUCUGUGAUACAGUGAGCGACGCAGCAGCAAGGCAGCGCCGGCACUGCGCCGCCUCACCCUGCACCACCGAGGCCUGGUGUGCCACGCUCCACAUUCCUCCCCACCGCUGGCACCUCGGCGGCCUGGCACGGCAUGCACACCACACUGUCCUGCCGCUGCGCCCAAACAUGCGAAUACAGCUGUGAACGCGGACACAACUACGAACGAAGCUGUAGCGACAGGCGAGCCUUAUUAGUACAAGGUCCCGUCACGUGAGAGAAGGUGCCUUUGAUUCUGUGAUGAGUGAUCAGGGAAAUGUUUCUCCUUGUUGUUGGAUCUCUAGAACAUUGUCAUUAUGCAGGGUUAUUUGUAUCGGCUGAACAGGAAGGCUCCCCCUCUCUGGCUCCCCCCCAGCUUUGAGGGGCGGCCACAGAGGGGAGGUCUGCCUGCCGUCUGGAAUGGUUCAUCCUAUCGAAGUUGAAUCGUCUAUUUACUUUGUUUUAUAUUAAUAUGUUGAAGUGUUUGCUAACCGUCAUGUUUUCAUUAAUGUGGAUUUGUCCUCCAUUGACUGUAGUUAUUAAUUUGGUUCAUCUUAGGUGGGCUGGGCUCUUGUUAACACUGAUCCUUUAUUAGUAUCAUCAUUAUUUUUAUUAUUAUUAUUAUUUUUGCUUAUUAUUAUUAUUAUUAUUAUUAUUAUUAUUAUUGUUUCCUAAACAACUUACCCAACAAAAAGACAAUUUAAUUUGUAAUAGAAAGACAAAAGUCUCUAGUUUACAAAUAUAAGUUUCUAAUCAACUUGCAUAUCUUUUUAUUACUUAAAUUAUUUGAGGCUUGAUACUUCAGUUGAACCACAAAGAAGAGUUGCUGCAUUUGGUGAAAAUAAAUUGUUAGGCAGUGCUAACCAAAUAAAUUAUAUUUUUGAAAAAUA